AUGGGUGUUGGCAUGGAGAUUUUGAGAAACAUCGUAGGAAACAUAAUGGCGGGAAAGCAUAGAAGCACCGCGUUAAAUCCGAAGAUAUCCCUACCCAAAGUGGCUAUGCUGGUACGGAAAAAUCCAGGCAUAUACCUUUCGUCGCUAUGGAGUUCUCGACCGCCGCCGCUGCUGCUGCUGCUGUUAAUUUUUCUCCCGAGGAUUCCAAACGCAAAUAUGUGCCACAGCCACACGCAACCAGUACCUACGAAGCCCCCCUCAGUUCCUUCGCGGACACGCUACGUUAACGUAUUUCUCUUGUCGGAUCACUCGCACUGCAACUUGUUUAAGACUAUCGGAGAUCAGCGCCUUUACAUGACGGUUCUGCUGAAUGGAGUGAGAGCAACUUACAGCGGACUGCCACACGAUCUGAGAUUCGUUUUGAGGCUGGUUGGAAUCAGCUGCCUAAGUGAGUCUGAACAGAAGAGGAUAUAUCAAACCAGCAUCGAUGCACAUGGCAGGUUGGAUGGAAAUAGUGCUCUGUGGGGUUUAAAGGAUUAUGCAAUGCAAAACCAGACGCAGUUUCGAAAUGCUACGGUCAUCGUUAUGCUAACGUCGUACUACUUCCAGGAUCAGUCUCAAACUGGGUACUCCUUCCUUGGUGGAUUAUGCAGCAGAGAUCAAGUAGCUCUCGUCAGCGACGUACACGCACUCUACCGCUGUGGAUUAGACGUUUCGGAGCACAUCCUGAGAGUAAUGGCCGUGGAUUUGGAGGAGGAUGUGCUUAAGAAAUGCGCAGAAAAUAGAACCGUACUACCCCAAUGCGGUUUGGAUAUGCUCAACGCUUCGCUUGCCCGCGUGCCCCAAGAGUGCUUUCGACCAAGAGGACAGGAGGUUCCCCAAGUCACGAGCUUGCCUGGCGACAUCGUCGAUUUGUCGGAACUCUGUAGAUCAAUAUAUUUCUUCGAAAAUGUGAUCGAACACUGUUUCCGAGAAGAGGACACUGGGACGCACCGCUUCUAUCCAGUGUACGAUUGCGAGUUAACCUGCUGCCUCGAGGACAACACUCUGCAGCAAGCAUUGUAUAAAACUUCAGCAAUACAAGGUCUUCGAUGCGGCGUCGAAAAUAAGUUUUGCGUCAACGGCGUUUGUUAUAACCGUCAAGAUUGGAUCCACGAGCACCUUCCUAAUGGUUCCCUCGACAUCCACCCGUACGUUCCGCCCGAGAACCCGUUUUAA